GUGGUCAAUGGUAUUGAGUUGCCAACCGGCCGGUAGCACGCCGGUAGAAAAUACUGUUAUAGAACUUACAAAGUAUAUGUACACCGUGUUAAAUCAACCUCCGAGAGUGUCUAGCCCAGUCGAGCCGCAGUCAUCGUAGGCACAUUUUCUAAAACCUUAUUAUCGUUUCCGGUUAGGACCGAGAAGAUCGUCCUUCUUCUGAAAAAGUCGCUAUGCCAGCGGGCAUUUCGGCGCUGGCACCGUCGAAGCCGGAACCCUUCGAUCUUGGCGAAAAAGAACUUCCAGCUUUCACUAUCCUCCAGAAGGAUGGCCUGGACUCGUCCUUGCCGAUGCUGCACACGGACGACGACAUGGAGUUCGAACUCGACAGUAAAAUUCUAUCCAAGAAUUUGUACAACCAGAAGCACUUCAGUAGAUCGAACGAUCACUUGGUGCUGGCCAGUCUUCAGAACCACCAGUCCAAUCCACUAAAAACUAAGUACAGUAAAAGCCAGGGGAAUCUCAAUCGGGAUAAACCGGAAAUAAAAGCUCCAAUGAUUCUGUCUACCGAAGACUUCACCGAAGUCUUGAACGCUAAGUUGAGAAAAGUGCAGGAGGACGAGGACCAUGGAAAAACGAAAAAAUCUUACCCGGGAAACAACUACGGCUUCAUAUCAAAGAAACCAUUUAUCACGACGGUUAAGACCGGCGAAUUUCUCCUACCGCCCCCGGAAGUCGCCUGUCUUCUCGGGAUAAGUUUUAGCAACAAUUCCAACGGGACUGACGACACCAGCCCGAGAGCAAAAUUCAAGCCUCUGACCUCGCUCUCGAAGAGACCGGAGGUCAAGCACCAAAGUCAUCAUUCGAGGUGUCAAGCCGCCCUGAAAGCAACGACAGAUUUUUCGACCUCACUGGCGACUUCCUCGGCGAUGGCGGAACACUCCAGAUGGAAGAGGAACGCGCAACCGAUGCAGACACAAGCACCAAUGCCUAGAGCGUUACCGAAAAAGUUGGAACCGAUCGAGAGCACCCUUCUGCCGAUAAACCGUGAUCAACCGGUUCCCUUUGGGAACAUUAUGUUCGAUCGUCGCGUCGUUCGAGGGAGUACCUUCGCCUCCACUCCGAUGCCGGUGGACAGUGAACAGUCGCAGGCUGCUCUCCAGGCGGAAGCUAGGCGUCGUCAGAUGGCGAGAAGACGAGCGCAGACCCAAGCGAAUAGAGCGUUGCAUUUGAGAGCUGGUUCGCCACCCCCGGUUUCGGGGAGGAAACACGAACCGGUGCAGACGGAGACGUUCCUCGAAGAGUUGUUUGAGAAACCGGAUGAAUUCGAAGUCGGGACGCAGACUGACCACUUUUUAGAUAGACCACCGACGCCCGUAUAUUGUCCGGUGUCAGCGGGGACGGAUGAAAGCACGCAAAUCUAUCCCGGUGACUUAUUCGAUUACGACGUCGAGGUUCAGCCCAUCCUCGAGGUUUUGGUUGGAAAGACGAUCGAACAAUCGCUCAUAGAAGUUCUGGAAGAAGAGGAACUCGCGGCAUUGCGGGAACAGCAACGAAAAUUCCUCGAACUUCGUGCCGCCGAGAAGGCUGAGGAACAACGUCUCGAAGAACAGGAGAGACGUUACCGCGAGGAGAAGUGUCGCCGUUUGAGACAACACGAGGAGGCGGCAAAGACACAACAGGAAACUGAAGAACGCGUUGCCGCCGCUGUCCUCCUGACGGGAUACAUUGCCGAACUUUUGCCAGCAGUUCUAGAGGGUCUCAAGAUGUCAGGAUUUCUUCUGGAUGAAAUCAAAGCGGACGUUGAGGGUGGCUUUAUGCCCUGGCUGAUGAAAGAGGUGAAAAAGGAGAUGGGGAACGUGAUCGAAAGCCGAGAGCUUCUGAUGGACAUCAUCAAAGAGAUUCUGGAGAGUCGCGCCGACACUUACCGUCGUCUAGGUGAAGAAUACGACGCCUCGAGAGAGCAAGACGGAAUCGGUAACGGCGCCGAGGACGAGGGCGAGGGUCGAGACGCAGACUUUGCCAAUUACGAACCUCCACCCCCCGACGAUGCGAACCUGGAUUAGCUCGUCCCACUGAUUUUUAUAAUCAUCCGAGACCCUCGAUCCGCAGACGGGAACCGGUCCGCCCGCCUCAAAUAUUGGUGUUUUUUUUUUAAAUACUCGGUAAGCCCAUUGGAAAUUAACUAGACGAAAAUUUGCGUACCGCAGAUACGUCCCGACCGGCGAAAGAAAAUAGGAUGAGAUAACAUCGGGGGAGGUUGCGAAGGAAAGAAUAUCUCGAGAAUCGUAGUGCCUGGUAACAAUUGUACGUAGUUAUUAAUAAAUAACUAUUUAUCAUGUAUCCAAAUUUCAA